AGGCUAUGCUGGCUGGUUGGCUGGCUGGCUGGCUGGCUGGCUGGCACUGUGACACGUGUGAGGUGGCACAGUCCUCUGAUUUGUAGCAGACAGGAAAAGUAACAUUUUUGACAUUUUACGCAGGGGAACUUUCCAUCUAUAUUUCACCGGCCUUGUUAUUGAACGUCCAUCGGACAUCCCUCUAUCUAUCCAUCCAUAUUUUCUUUUUGUACCGCUUCUCCUCGUAGGGUCACGGGUAGACUGAAACCUAGCUGAGAACUUUGACCCGGGUCACGGAGAUAAAACCUGCACUUGGACUGACGAGUCGGCAGAGAAGGCACACUGAGAGGAAAGAAGUAGACGAUGGUGACCAUGUGGAGCACAGCGGCAGCCCUCCUCUUCAUUCUACAUGCUGUGUGUGCUCAGAGCAGCAUUAGGUGGUGCACCAUCUCAGAUGCUGAGCAGAAGAAAUGCGAAGCCAUGUCCCUGGCUUUCGCCCAAGUCUCCAUCCGGCCAUCGCUCAGCUGCGUUCGCGGAAGCACUGUGGAGAACUGCGUGCAGAAGCUCGAGGCGAACCAAGCGGAUGCUUUGUCCAUGUUCGCCCCCGACAUCUACAACCUGAGGAAGAGCGCCUCGUUCAAGAUAGCUGCCAGUGAAUCAAAGGCUGACGGUACCGGGGCGGCUUACUUUGCCAUCGCUGUUGUGAAAAAGGUCGAUUCCAGCAUCAACAUCAAUAACUUGGCGGGGAAACGGAGCUGCCACACCGGCAAAGGCCGAACGGCUGGCUGGAAUAUGCCCGUGGGAUAUUUCAUCGACCAGGGCUACAUGUCGGUCAUGGGCUGCGACAUCUCCAAGGGCGUGGCCCAGUUUUUUAACAGCAGCUGCGUUCCGGGAGCAAACCAGGCCGGCGAUCCGGCCUCUCUGUGCCAGUUGUGCGUGGGCGAUCCCAGUGGACAGCACAAAUGCGAAGCCAGCAACAACGAACGAUUUUACAGCUACGAAGGAGCGUUCAGGUGCCUCGCUGAAGGUGCAGGGGACGUAGCUUUUAUCAAACACACUACGGUUGAAGAAAAUACAGAUGGUCACGGCCCCGAUUGGGCACAUAAAUUCUCCUCCAAAGACUACGAGCUGUUGUGUCGUGACGGCAGAAGACUUCCCGUCAGUCAGUGGAAGACUUGCAAUCUGGUCCGCGUGCCCUUUCGGGGCAUCGCCGUCGGCAAACGCGUCACGCCGUCUGUCGUGUUUAACAUGCUUGCUGAGGGACUGCAAAAGUCUGGAUUCAACAUGUUUUCCUCCAAACCUUACGGAGCAGGGACGUUGCUCUUUUCCGAGUCCACCGCCAUGUUUCAGAGCUCAGAGUACGAUGACCCUAAGAAAUGGAUGGGUCAGCUUUAUCACAAUGUCAUGAGCGCCAUGGACUGUAAACUUCCAGAAAGCACUUUGCGGUGGUGCGUGCUGUCAACGGGCGAGCAGCGCAAAUGUGCCGCCAUGGGCGCUGCCUUUCAAGAGAAAGGGCUCUUUCCCAGGGUCAACUGCAUCUACGGCGACUCGGUGACGGACUGCUUGGAGAAAAUCAAAAACCACAAAGCCGAUGCUGUUACUCUGGAUGGAGGUUACAUCUACACGGCGGGCAAGGACUAUGGAUUGGUACCCGCUACUGGAGAGAGCUAUACAGCCGAUCGCGAUGGCUCCAACUAUUACGCAGUUGCCGUGGUGAAAAAGAGCAGCUAUGACAUUCGGAGUCUCGACGAUCUCAAAGGCCUUCGUUCCUGUCACACGGGAUUGGGUCGCACUGCCGGUUGGAACGUUCCGGUCUCCACCCUGAUUGAGAAAGGCUUGAUCAGCCCUCGGCAUUGCCAGAUAGCCCAAGCGGUCGGUGGGUUCUUCAAGCAGAGUUGUGUACCUGGCGCCAAUCAGCCGGGUUUCCCUAGCAACCUGUGUGCCUUAUGUGCGGGAGACACCACAGGGCACAACAAAUGCGAGAAAGGAAAAGACUUGUACGACGGAUACGACGGUGCCUUCAGGUGUCUGGCCGUGGGAGAUGGAGACGUGGCCUUCGUCAAGCAUUCCACUGUGUUCCAAAAUAGCGACGGGAACUCGACCGAACCUUGGGCCACAAAUCUCCUCUCCAAAGAUUUCCAGCUGCUUUGUCCGCAAGGUACCAAAGCUGAGGUCACUCAGUAUAAAUAUUGUCAUCUGGCACGCGUGCCCUCCCACGCUGUAAUGGUGCGCCCGGAAAGCAACAUCCACGCCAUCUAUGGACUCCUGGACCGUGCCCAGACUUAUUUUGGCAGUGACACAGCUCCAGACUUCCAGAUGUUUGACUCUCAGAUUUACGAGGGCACCGAUCUUCUCUUCAAAGACUCCACCGUGCGCCUCGUGGGCGUGGCCGACAGAAAGACCUACCAGGAGUGGCUGGGCCAGAACUACUUGGACUCACUGCUCAACAUGGAGUGUAACGCAUCAAGUGCAGCGGUUUCCUCGCUGUGGCUGGUGAUCACCGUCGCGCUGCUGUGCUCCAUGCUGACGGCCAUCUGAAAGGCAUGGUACGCAACGCAACUUGUCCCACUCCACUCCCUUCCCUUCCCUUCCCUCGCACUGUUCUCUUUUGCUGAUCACUGGUUCUAGUAGAGGGAUCCCACCGUUGUCAACUUUGAAAAAGAUUUGUCACUUGUGAAAAGGAAGUUGUUUACAGAAGGUGAGCUGCCAUAUCAGAGCAUAUGCUGUCACCUGUUACAGUCCAACCUCUUUUUCUCAAGGCGCUUCGGGGACGCACGCUUUCUUUCUUGCCAUCACUAAUCAGCCGCACAAAAGUAAUCCUGAUCAAAAAUAACAGCCGUCGAUGUGUACGGUCUUCUAAGCAGAGAUUUAUUUUUGAUAUGAUGUUCAGAUGCCAUAUCAGUGAAUAUGUACUGACUCGUAUGAUCUGAAAUGAGUGCAUUCUUUCCUCUGGACAGAGAUUUUAUUUCAGUGUGAAAUGAUCAAUCCUUGACUAAUAUUUAGUUGCCAGGCCAGUGAGUCUGCACAGGUAUUAAAAACAAAAAGCUACUGUAUUAGAUGUGUUCUCUCUCUUGUUCAAAUAAAUUCUCAAGCAUCAAAAGACAUUUGGGUGUCACGUACAUACUGUAUAUGACGCAGGCAGUCCUAGUGAACUUUGAUUCACGUCCUGAGCUGUGCAAUAAAGAUUUAAGAGAGCGAUAGGAAGAUAUGUACUGUAAAACAGAUUGGAACACAGUCAUGCGUUACAAGUCAUCAUUCCAUCUGGGCUUCCUGGAUGGUUGGCACAUCAAUGUGGGUGCAAAAUAGGUCAUUGCUUGCUCUUGCACGCAUUGGAUGUAAACAUUCAGCGUGCAAACCCUCUUAA